GAAUUUUGGUCUCAGCUUUGUGCUGAACACGGUAUUAGUAAAGAUGGUAUCUUAGAAGACUUUGCAACAGAAGGCGGAGAUCGAAAAGACGUGUUCUUCUAUCAGGCCGAUGAUGAACAUUAUAUUCCUAGAGCGUUAUUGUUGGAUUUAGAACCAAGGGUUAUCAAUAACAUAUUGGCCUCACCAUAUUCAAAUUUAUAUAAUCCCGAAAAUAUCUAUUUGUCAAAAGAUGGUGGUGUUGCCGGUAAUAUUUGGGCAUAUGGAUUUUCACAAGCUGAAAAAGUUUGUGAAGACAUAUUUGAAAUGAUUGAUCGCGAAGCUGAUGGAAGCGAUUCUCUCGAGGGAUUCAUGCUUCUUCAUUCUAUCGCUGGAGGAACUGGUUCUGGAAUGGGGUCCUUUCUUUUGGAGCGACUCAAUGAUCGAUACCCUAAGAAGUUGAUUCAAACAUACUCCGUAUUUCCCAAUAACGAAGAAGUUUCAGAUGUAGUUGUUCAACCUUAUAACAGCAUCCUGACUUUAAAGAGACUUACCAAUAAUGCGGAUUGUGUGAUCGUAUUGGAUAAUGCAGCUCUGAAUAGGAUUGCAUGUGAUCGUCUUCAUAUUCAAAAUCCUACAUUUACUCAAACAAAUCAAUUGGUAUGA